AUGACCAAGAUCGUGUUAUCGGCCGCGAUGGUCGGCUCGACCAUCGUCAUCAUGUUAUGUUUGUUUUCGGCCGUUGUCAUCUUCAACGACAUCAACAACCUAUACAGUGACAUCAUGACAGACAUGUCCGAGUUCAAAGUUGUAUCGAACGAGGCCUGGAGUAAUGUAAUCGCCAUCUCCAAACCCCGCCCAUCCAUGUUGGAGCGGCCAAAAACAUUCGAACAGAUCAUUGGCCGUACCAAGCGUAACUCUCAGUGUGCCUGUGCUCCACAAAAGAACAAGUGUCCUCCAGGCCAACCUGGACCAAAAGGAGAACGUGGAGAUCAAGGAGAACCAGGACCAAAUGGAGCUGACGGGAAGGCUGGCCUACCUGGAGAGCCAGUAGUCAAGUCGGCUUCUGAUGCCCCACAAGACUGUAUAGCUUGCCCACCUGGUCCUCCAGGUAAGCCAGGCAGGCCUGGUCCAGUCGGAGAGAAGGGACCAGUCGGCUACAAGGGGCUGCCAGGCUACCCAGGAGAAGACGGUUUCCCAGGACCAAGAGGACCACCAGGAGACCAAGGAGAAGAAGGUGAAGCCGGUAAAGAAGGCCGCGCUGGAUUCCCUGGACUUGACGGUCACAAGAACGCUCCACCAAUACCUGGACCAAAGGGAUCACCUGGUCAUCGUGGUGCACCUGGAGAACAAGGACCUCCAGGAAAGAUCACAGAAGGAGCCCAAGGUGAAGAAGGAGAGCCUGGAGCUGCUGGAGAACCAGGAAAACCGGGUAAAGACGGAAAGCCAGGAAAGGAAGGUAUUAAGGGAAGACCGGGCCAAGACGCCGCCUACUGCCCCUGCCCAGAGAAGUCCAACCCUUGGCCAGCUGCCCCACCAGCCUUCUCUCCAAAGAAGAAGCAAGAGCCUGUACUCAAUGCUGAACUCAACCCAGCACCAUCUACUAGUGCUCCAACCACACAACGUCCUACACCACCUGUUCCAACUACCAAAGCUCCAGCACCAGCUGCUGCUCCAGCUGCACAAGAUAAUGGAUACGACGCUCCACCUGCCCCACAAAGCUACGCUCCUCCUCCACCAGCUCCAGCCCAAACUGAUGCUCCAGUUCUUGAUACUGGCUACGAUGCUGGAGCUCCUGCACCACCACCACAAUCAACUGCUCCACCAGCACCAGCUGCUCAACAAGGCUAUGAUGCUACACCGUUGCCAGUCGCUUCCGUUCAGAACUCAUUCGGAUCUUUCCCAACAUCAGCACCAAUCCCAGCUUACGAUAAUGCUCCAGCUGCAUCAACCAUAACAGCAGCUCCAACGACUACCGUAGCACCAACCACUGCUGCCCCAACAACUACAGCUGCACCAGUCGCUCAAGGCUACGAUGCUCCACCAGCCCCACGCCCACCUCCAGUAGCCCCAAUUGUACAGCCAGCUAAAGCACCAGCUUCAGUGGUCGAGUCCGUGGUCGACUUCGACGAGCCUUCAACUCCAGCUCAAAAGAAGAACCGUCGACCAGCAAAGAAGCGACCAGCUGAUUCUCAACCUGGAAUCCCUCAACAAACUAUAGCCAACACAGGACCAUCAAGACCUCGGAUAUGGUGCCGCUGGUACAGCCAGAAGCACUGCUCCAGUCAGCGCAGUCGGCUACCAAGGAAACAUGAGGAGAAGAAGACUGAAGAAGACCAGAAAGAUCAAGAUAUAAGCUAA